AUGUCGCAAAAAGUUUAUGUUACCUAUAACCAGGUGCACAAGCUGUGCCAGACUUCAGCUGAUAAGAUUCUGACCACCUUUCAUCCUAAUCUUAUGAUUGCUAUCGGCGGCGGCGGAUAUGUCCCUGCUCGUAUUCUACGGUCCUUUCUCAAGCGCACUGGCGAACCCAACAUUCCCAUUCAAGCCAUCGGCCUGUCGCUCUACGAGGAUCUGGGUCGUGGUGACGCCGAGGAGGUUCCUGGGACCAAGGUGACUCGGACACAAUGGUUGGAUCUCAGCUCCUUAGAGAUGGCAAAUCUUAUUGGCAAGAACAUACUCAUUGUGGACGAGGUUGAUGACACCCGGACCACCUUGGAAUAUGCGGUUCGCGAGCUUCAGAAGGAUGUCGAGCAGGCACAGAAGCAGCUUGGACGGGAGGGUGAAAAGACGAACUUUUUUGUCUUUGUGCUUCAUAACAAGAACAAGUCCAAGAAGGGAGUACUUCCUGCGGAUAUGAUGGAUUCUGGUCGCUAUCAUGCUGCCGUCACCACUGACGAUGUUUGGAUUUGCUAUCCAUGGGAAGCAAAGGAUAUUGAUGAACACGAUGCUUUUGCCAAGGAGAACCCUCUCUUUUAA